ACCCUAGCCCUCCUUCGCCUCAGUGCGCCUGCGCGGCCCAUCCCUCGCCCCCUCCGGCGCUCGGGAGGCCGAGUCCGCGCGAAGAUGGCGGCAUCGCUUGUCCCGCUCUCACAGCAGAUUCCCAGUGGAAAUCCUUUAUAUGAAUCUUACUACAAGCAGGUGGACCCGGCCUACACAGGGAGAGUGGGAGCCAGCGAAGCUGCACUGUUUCUGAAGAAAUCAGGGCUCUCAGACACCAUCCUGGGGAAGAUAUGGGAUUUGGCCGACCCCGAAGGUAAAGGGUUCUUGGACAAACAGGGCUUCUAUGUUGCACUGAGACUGGUGGCCUGUGCACAGAGUGGCCAUGAAGUCACCUUGAGCAACCUGAGCCUCAGCAUGCCACCACCAAAAUUCCAUGACACCAGCAGCCCACUGAUGGCCACUCAGCCGUCCUCAGAGACCCACUGGGCUGUGCGGGUGGAGGAGAAGGCCAAGUUUGACGGCAUCUUUGAAAGUCUCCUCCCUGUCAAUGGUCUGUUGUCUGGGGACAAGGUCAAGCCAGUCCUCAUGAAUUCAAAGCUACCUCUAGACGUGCUGGGCAGGGUAUGGGACCUCAGUGACAUUGACAAGGAUGGACAUCUGGACCGUGAUGAGUUUGCUGUGGCCAUGCACUUGGUGUACCGCGCCCUGGAGAAGGAGCCAGUGCCCUCUGUCCUGCCCCUGUCCCUCAUCCCGCCCUCCAAGAGGAAAAAAACCGUGUUUCCGGGUGCUGUGCCUGUCCUGCCCGCCAGCCCCCCACCUAAAGACAGCCUCCGCUCCACGCCAUCGCACGGCAGUGUCAGCAGUCUAAACAGCACGGGCAGCCUGUCCCCCAAACACAGCGUCAAGCAGGCUCAGCCACCAGUGGCCUGGGUGGUGCCGGUGGCAGACAAGAUGCGGUUUGAUGAGAUCUUCCUGAAGACUGACCUGGACCUGGAUGGUUAUGUGAGUGGCCAGGAGGUGAGGGAGGUCUUCAUGCGCUCAGGCCUUACUCAGAACCUGCUGGCACACAUCUGGGCCCUGGCCGAUACGAGGCAAACGGGGAAGUUAAGCAAAGACCAAUUCGCGUUAGCUAUGUAUUUCAUUCAGCAGAAGGUCAGUAAAGGCAUCGACCCUCCACAAGUCCUCUCACCCGACAUGGUGCCGCCCUCAGAAAGAGGCACUCCUGUCCCGGACAGUUCUAGUGCUCUUGGCUCAGGCGAGUUCACUGGAGUGAAGGAGCUAGAUGACAUCAGCCAGGAGAUUGCCCAGCUACAGAGAGAAAAGUACUCACUGGAGCAAGACAUCAGAGAGAAGGAAGAGGCGAUCAGACAGAAAACCACUGAAGUACAGGAACUACAGAACAACCUGGACCGAGAAACGAGCAGUCUUCAGGAGCUUGAAGCUCAGAAACAGGACGCCCAGGACCGCCUGGAUGAGAUGGACCAGCAGAAGGCCAAACUGCGGGACAUGCUGAGUGAUGUGAGGCAGAAGUGCCAGGAUGAGACUCAGGUGAUCUCAUCACUGAAAACCCAAAUCCAGUCUCAGGAAUCUGACUUAAAAUCCCAGGAGGAUGACCUGAACCGGGCCAAGUCAGAGCUAAACCGGCUGCAGCAGGAGGAGACGCAACUGGAGCAGAGCAUCCAGGCUGGUCGUGCCCAGCUGGAGACUAUCCUCAAGUCCUUGAAGUCCACACAGGAUGAGAUCAACCAGGCAAGGAGCAAGCUGUCACACCUGCAGGAGAGCCGCCUGGAAGCUCAUCGGAGCCUAGAACAGUAUGACCAGUUGCCUGACGGGGUCCCCAGCACCAGCCUGCCUGACUUGGCUGCCCUGAGUGAAGGUGUCUUGCUGGCAGAAAGAGGCAGCUUUGGAGCCAUGGAUGAUCCUUUCAAAAACAAGGCCUUGUUAUUUAGCAACACCUCCCAAGAACUACAUCCGGACCCCUUCCAGGCAGAGGACCCCUUCAAGUCUGACCCAUUUAAAGGAGCUGACCCCUUCAAAGGUGACCCAUUCCAGAGUGACCCCUUCGCAGAGCAGCAGACGGCUGCUGCAGACCCAUUUGGAGGGGACCCUUUCAAAGAAAGCGACCCGUUCCGUGGCUCCAGCUCUGAUGAGUUCUUCAAGAAACAGACAAAAAAUGACCCAUUUACCUCAGACCCAUUCUCGAAAAACCCUUCCUUACCUUCAAAGCUUGACCCUUUUGAUUCCAGCGAUCCCUUCUCAUCCUCCAGUGUCUCCUCAAAAGGAUCAGAUCCCUUCGGAGCCUUAGACCCCUUCAGAAGCAGCUCCUUCAGCAGUGCCGAGGGCUUCGCUGACUUCAGCCAGAUGUCUAAGCCCCCACCUUCUGGCCCCUUCACCUCCUCCUUGGGAGGCGCAGGAUUCUCAGAUGACCCCUUUAAAAGUAAACAGGACACUCCUGCUCUGCCUCCGAAGAAGCCCGCUCCUCCACGGCCCAAACCGCCCAGCGAAGCUUCAUCUGGACAGAAAGGUACUGCGGUAUACACGCUGCUGGGUGGUCAGAGUACACCUGUAAGCCAGCUGGGUUCUGCAACUUUCCCCGAGCCCCCUGAUCCAUUCCAGCCACUUGGGGCUGACAGCGGCGACCCGUUCCAAAAUAAAAAGGGGUUUGGGGACCCAUUUAGUGGCAAAGAUCCGUUCACUCCCUCCUCUUCAGCUAAACCUCCCAAGGCCUCUUCCACUGGCUUUGCCGACUUCACCUCUUUUGGCAAUGAGGAACAGCAGCUGGCCUGGGCCAAGCGGGAGAGCGAGAAGGCUGAGCAGGAGCGGCUGGCACGGCUGCGGAGACAGGAGCAGGAGGACCUGGAGCUGGCCAUCGCGCUCAGCAAGGCUGACAUGCCAGCCUAGGUGGGCUCCAGGGGAAAUCACAGAUGUCUCUAUGUACACAUCCACACUCAGUGCUCGCUUCAAGCCAUGCCAUAGCCACCAGCAGCCAAGAACUAGCUGGCCACAGGGACCUGGGAGCUUGUUCAGAAGUGGUCGACACAGGUCUCUCUGUGGUUGCCUAGGACGCAGCUGCACAUAGAAGGGGCUGGAAGCCUUCAUCUAUCUCUGCAAUAGCCUUCCUCCAGGGUGAUCAAUCAGGCUCUUCCUUCCAGAACACUCCCCUCAGCUGGCAGAGAACACGGGGCCUCCAGUCUCCUGGCUGCAGAUGAGCUCCCACCUCCAGGUCCUGCCUGAAUCCCUGAGGACCCCCAGUGAUGUACGCAUUCAUUGUGUAAAAAUGAAGUUUGAAUGAUUAAUAUAAAAUAUUUUAAUACAAAA